UCUAAGACGCAUUGAGACUGAAGGCUUCCAUCUGCCUCACUGAGACUCCAGCCCUACAGAGAACAUGGAGCCUGGAACGUCAACAGCCAACCUCUGGAGGACAAGCAGACUCCGUCUGGACCUGUAGGGCACUGCCCCAGCCUCACCACCAUGGCACGUGGUUUCACAGUGGGCUUUGACCCAUUGGGUCUAGGAGAACUCAGCUCUGGUUCUCUGAGCUCCCUCUCCUCCCGAGGCCACCUGGGCAGCGACCCAGGCUCCACAGCAACACGAUACUUGCUGAGGAAGCAGCAGCGCCUGCUGAAUGGGCCCCCCCGCGGAAUCCGAGCCUCAUCACCCAUGGGCCGAGUCAUCCUCAUCAACUCGCCCAUUGAAGCCAACAGUGAUGAAAGUGACAUCAUCCAUGCAGUUCGGGUGGAGAAGAGCUCCUCUGGGAGGCUGGGUUUCAGCGUGAGAGGCGGCUCUGAGCAUGGCCUGGGCAUCUUCGUCAGCAGGGUGGAGGAGGGGAGCAGUGCAGAGCGGGCUGGCCUGUGUGUGGGAGACAAGAUCACGGAGGUGAAUGGGCUGAGUCUAGAAAGUACCACGAUGGGCAGUGCUGUGAGGCUGCUGACCAGCAGCAGCUGCCUGCACAUGAUGGUGCGGCGCAUGGGCCGUGUGCCUGGCAUCAAGUUCUCCAAGGAGAAGACCACGUGGGUGGAUGUCGUGAACCGUCGGCUAGUGGUGGAGAAGUGCAGUUCCACACCAUCGGACAGCAGCUCAGAAGACGGUGUGCGGCGCAUCGUCCACCUCUACACAACCUCUGACGACUUCUGCCUGGGCUUCAACAUCCGCGGGGGCAAGGAGUUUGGCCUGGGCAUCUAUGUAUCUAAAGUGGACCAUGGUGGGCUGGCUGAGGAGAAUGGCAUCAAAGUGGGGGACCAGGUCCUGGCGGCCAACGGCGUCAGGUUUGAUGACAUCAGCCACAGCCAGGCCGUGGAGGUGCUGAAGGGCCAAACGCACAUAAUGUUGACCAUCAAGGAGACGGGCCGGUACCCCGCCUACAAAGAGAUGGUUUCUGAGUACUGCUGGCUGGACAGAUUGAGCAGUGGGGUGCUGCAGCAGCUGUCCCCAGCCUCGGAGAGUGGCUCCAGUGUCUCCUCCUACGCCUCCAGUGCCCCGUGCAGCUCAGGCUCACUGCCCUCUGACCGCAUGGACGUCUGCCUAGGGCCUGAGGAUCCCGGUGGCCAUGGCCCAGGCUGGGGGCGGGCAGACACGGCCAUGCAGACUGAGCCUGAUGUGGGCAGCCGUGUGGAAACUUGGUGCAGUGUGCGGCCGACAGUCAUCCUCAGGGACACGGCCAUCCGCUCUGACGGCCCCUCUUCUGUCCGACGCCUUGAUUCUGCACUUUCAGAGUCGCCCAAGACGGCUCUGCUGCUGGCCCUCAGCCGACCCAGGCCUCCCAUCACCCGAUCCCAGAGCCACCUGACACUGUGGGGUAUGUUGGGAGGGUCCCACUUUCCCCACAGUGGAAGGCAGGAAGAAGACCCUACUCCAUCCACUGCCACUCUGGAAUGGCUGCAGACCCCGUCUGCCUCCCUCUCUCUGCCCUUUCCUAUCCCCCUGCCCCCUCCUUCACUUCUGCCCACCCUCCAGCCCCCCCGGGGGCUCCCUCAUAUCUACAGAGGAGAAGAAACAGCGGAAGAAGGAGAAGUCAGGGUCCCCCGGGGAGAAGGGGGCCUUGCAGCGCUCCAAGACGCUGAUGAACCUCUUCUUCAAGGGAGGGCGGCAGGGGCGGCCAGCAGGGGACGGGCAGAGAGAGGCCUGGACGCUGGACAGCAGAAGCCCCACCAAAGUCCGCCCUCGCCUGGACCUGGAGAAAGGUAGGUGCUGGAAUCCAUCCGGCAGUUCCAGGUUGAAAUCUCACCCUACCCCGCCACUCACCCUCACAAGUAAAACGGAAGGGUUAAAACUCAUUUCUUGCCAGGCACGGUUGUGCACGCCUUUAAUCUCAGCACUGGGGAGGCAGAGGCAGGGGGAUCUCUAUGAGUUCGAGGCCAGCCUGGUCUACAGAGUGAGUUCCA